UUGGCUGGGUAGCGGUCACGUGGGGUUGUGCAGUCAGUCGCUGUACCGUGCCUCGAGCCAGCGCUGAGUGGAGCCUGUCUGCCAACAGCUUCAGCAGCGGCUCUAUCUGGAACCUACUAUACUCACUGACAAUUAAAGGAGGCCCCUUUUUCUUCUUAUUUCCGAGGACUAUUCUUCACCAUGGGUGACAAGAAGAGCCCUACCAGGCCAAAAAGACAAGCCAAACAGACUGCUGAUGACGGCUACUGGGACUGUAGCGUAUGCACCUUCAGGAACACCGCCGAGGCUUUCAAAUGCAGCAUCUGCGAUGUGAGGAAGGGCACAUCCACAAGGAAACCCAGGAUCAACUCCCAGCUGGUUGCCCAGCAGGUGGCUCAGCAGUACCCGAUGCCUCCCCCUCCCAAGAAGGAGCGGAGGGAGAGGAGUGAGCGCACAGACAAGGAGCGCCAGGACGGCGAAGGAGAGCGUGCCAUCGGAGAGGGACGCCCGGAGGUCGAGCGUCCAGAGAUAGUGAGGCCAGAGGUAGACUUUCCUGAGAAGGAAAAGAGCGACAACGAACAACAGCCAAUCAAAGACAAACCCGACAGAGAGAAGGACAUUAUCCCAGCCGUCACAAAGAAGCCCGGCAGCAAAAAGACCAGACCCAAAUCAGACAACAAUCAGAGCCCACCCAGUGACAAACACAGCAUACAGUCUGGAAAAUCAGCAACCAAGACCAACAAGAACUCUCACAUUUCUAGGCCCAAACUGAAGAACAUUGACCGGAGCACCGCCCAGCAGUUGGCUAUCACCGUAGGGAACGUGACAGUGAUCAUAACAGACUUUAAGGAGAAGACCCGCUCCUCCUCCACGUCCUCGUCCACCAUCACGUCCAGCGCGGGCUCCGAACAACAGCACCAGAGCUCCGGCUCCGAGAGCAUGGACAAGAGCUCGUCGCGGGCCUCCACGCCUAAAGGGGAGCUCUCUGUGGGGCACGAUGAGUCGUUCUGAGGGCCCGUCCCUUUCCUCCCGUCCUCAACCCGCUCCAUCCCCCCCACCCCUUUCCCCAUUUCUGGACACUAUGGAUCCCAUAGGGGGAGAGAUUUUAACCUUUCCCAUUGCUGCCCUGCCUGCAUUCCAUGACUACCCCUAGAUGCUGAGAGGAACAGUGCGGUGCGCCUGCCGGGGAUACACAACGCCCUGCUGGGGGCGAACUUCCCUCGCGGUUAUACCCUUGACCAAGGCGAGGAGAGCUGGGCUACAAGGAAUUAAUGCCCCAUCCCCAACCUCCCCUUCCGGUAGCAUCCAGACACUUGUAUGUAUUGUUUUAUAUUUGUACGUGGAUGUGAGGCCAAGUCGACGUUUUUUGUUUUUGUAAAGAAUUUUCCGCUGGGCACAAUAACCACCAUCAUUUCAAUAACUUUAAACUAUUAUUACCCUUAUUUAUUACCUGUUGCACCUGUAUACUUUGGUAUUCUCCUCUUUAUGUUGAAGCUUUGCUGUGUAGCCCUGCCGAUUUGAUCAUUCCUUCAGUGUUUUUAUGACAGUUUGAAGAUGAUAGGACGAGACUCGAGACUCUCUCUCUCACACACACACACACACACACACACACACACACACACACACACCACACACACACACACACACACACACACACACACACACACACACACACACACACACACACACACACACACAGGUGCUAGAUACACUGUGAAGUGGUUUUGCAGAUCUGGGAUUGCCCAGUCACUCAAUGUGACAGAGUGCUGAUGAAUCAAAUUCUCAUUCACUUUUCUCAAUAACACUGUCUCACUCUGGACUGUCGGGACCUCCACCAGGUCCGUCUUGUUCUCUGCAUCAGAAGGUCACCUGAGGUUCAGACACCUGACUUUUCCAACUAGAUUGUCUAUGAUUUAGUAUGCUAUAGCAGAUCUCUUAUACAGUAUCUUAUGUCCUUAACUGUACAGUGUAGGCUGUUGUGUAAAACACUAAAAGCUGUUGAUAUUUUCUGCAUUCCGUACAUGGAUAUUGAGUUUUCUGGCUGAAGGUUAGAGCUGUCCUCUCAGCUCUUGAGCCAGAGUUUUUUCUGUGGUGACUGAAGGACGGUUACAUGCAGUUCCACUUGGUAAAACCAUAUCGAACUGUAAAAUAGACCUGUUGUGUCAAGCUGUUGUGAAUUGAUUUCAUUUUUCUUUUCGUUGUGGUCCUGAAGACAACUUUUUAAUUUUCAUUCUUUCAACCUGAAAUAUCCUAGAAAACAAGUGCAAAGACGAGAACAAUUUGCAAAAUAUUGACAAUUCACUUUUUUAUUUUAAAUUAAUUUAAGACUCCUGUCAUUGAAGGCAAAAAUAAUAUUACAGUAGUUAAAACACAAAUGUUCUUUCAAUUUUUAGAACAGCAAGGCUUAUUUAAGGGUUUUAAUUCACUUCCACCUUAGCUGAUACUAGACCAACAUUUCCUUUUAACUGUAUGAAAUUGUAUAAAGAAUAAAUGUGUAUAUGAUAUCUUAGUUUUAUUUAUUGAAGGACCAAAGGAAUUUCAUAAUGACAUGAUACAUAGACAGAUAAAUAACAAUUUGAAAUGCAAUUAUCUAAUGUGUGAGAUGAAUAACAGUUUAAAUAAAGACUAAUAUAAUCCAUGUAAAUGGUGUUCUUAUUGUCCACUUGUCUCUGUGCGCGGCUAAGUUAGGGGCAGAUAACUGUCAGUACUGUGAGUCGAAGAGCACUUGCGGCCCCACACCCAGCAGGUGGCUGUUGCCUCAUUGUGCAGGCGAUGAGAAACAAACUGGGUGUCAGUGGGUAGCUGAGAAGAGCUCCAAGUCUGCUGGGUCGAAGCCUUUGGCCUUAGUAAGCCCCUUCUUCACUACCACAGUACACGUAGCUCCCCGAACGGAGGCCCCCACUCACCAAUUGAGCCGAUCCCAGAGCAACUGAAACCAGGUUAGGUGAGAUUAACAAAUCCUAAAAACAACUCAAUAUAUCCUACUAGGAUCCGAGGGGCAGGAUUUGAUCCGUGUCAACUAAAAGCUUUGCAGUUCCACACGUAGGGAUGAUAAUCAUAUGUGUCGUAAGCAAUGUUUGAAGUCCAAGAGAUAUGUGUUCAUGAGGUUUUUCUGCUCUUAAGCUAAUGUAAUUAUGUACUUUAAUGCAUACAAAUAUGGAAUCAGUGUUCAAAGUGAGGAAAAGCAAUGUGUAUAAAACUAAAUGUGGGUCAGACAGGGGGGGGAAAUGUUUUGUCCAAUUUUUACUGAGAAAGUAAAAAACCUUGCUUUGUAUUGCAAUCUAUUAGAAAUGGGCCUAAAAAGCCAUCUUUUCACCUGCCUUAUCUGCAACCACAUUCACUUGACUGAGUACUCCAACAAAGGAUUCAUUGUUAAAUUAUUGACAAAUGGCCAUUUGCUGAAUAUAUGAAUUAUUGCUUGUAUAUAGAAUUUUAAAAAGGUGCAAAACAUUAUGAAUGAUGGCAUUGGAGCUGAAGGCUUUUGUUUCCUGUUUCCUUUUCCACGCAAGCAAUUCUGUUCUUGUGUGCGACCAGUAACCUUAAUUUACUGUGUAAAGAUGGUUACAUUUUUUAGCUUUGUUUGUCAGAGACCCAAAUAUAUAAGGCUUGUUUACUGACUGUAUAACCUUAACCGUGAAUUUCCAAUUAAGUGUAUUAUACAAACCCAUUUCUUCCUAUAACAAUGUCUUGUACAAUGCUUUUAAAGUUAUUGCUCGGUUUAAAAGAAAAAAGUAAAAAAAAAAAAAAGUUUUAGGACAGUACAA